AUGAGUUUCCCUAUGUCCUCUCUGUUUGUGCGAACCUCGUCUCCUGGUUUCUUUGGGCCCGCCACCGCUACUCUCGAUUGGUGUGAAGUCAACUAUCAGUUUUCAUAUUAUGUUGCAGAGAUUGCCAACUCCUUUUCGAACCUGUUCACAGUCUAUUGUGCCGUAUAUGGAGCCUUGAAGAUUGUUCAGGAGCGAAUGCCCACUAGAUUUCUUGUUGGCUACCUAGGAUUUGCCCUCGUUGGCAUAGGCAGCUUUGCCUUCCACGCUACAUUGUUGUAUGAAGCACAGCUUGCCGAUGAGCUGCCCAUGGUUUACGUGGCGUCCAUGAGCAUGUGGCUUCUGUACGACGACGAGCAAGGAUUUGAGUCUCGCUCGCUUAGAACAAGAUGCCAUGUAGCUUUUCUCGUGUUAUUCAAUGUUUUGUUCACUUGGGCCUACUCGGUCUAUCGCAAUCCCCUUUUACAUCAAGUUGUCUUCGGUAUCUUGGUUGUGGCGUGCGCAAUUAGGAUCUUCUAUCUACUUCGAGUAUCACCCGUUCGAAGUCGUAUUCCACGAGAGAAGCGCGAUGUCGUCUUCAAGUGGUUUGCCAUCGGGGCUAUCACCUUUGCAUUUGGAUUUUUGAUCUGGAACUUGGAUAAUGUUUACUGCGACUAUCUGACGGAACUCAAGGUAUCUCUUGGCCAUCCACUUGCUUUCCUUCUAGAAGGGCAUGCUUGGUGGCAUAUUUUAACUGCACUCGGCACGUAUUAUAUGUUUAUUGGUGUCAGUUAUAUUACACUAUGUAUCAAGGACGACCACCGCAAGUUCACCAUGACAUGGGGCUAUAGUCUUCCGUAUAUACAACAACUAGACAAGUGUUGA